CCACCACCUACGUCCGCCGUGUCCCCAUCCUCGUUCAACACCAUUCUCGAACCCGGUGCUCACAGAGAACUCCCGAAUUCCACCAGUCAUUCCAUCCAAACUGUUCCUCCGCUUCCAUCAGAAACAGCAUCAUCUUUUCAGCUUCCGGUCUUGUCACCAUCACCGUCUUCACAGGUGGACACAGGCAGUCCUACCGCUGGUGUUUCUGUGGCUUUAGCUCUUCGGGCGCUCAGUCAGCUAUGCCAACACGAAUCCGAUCCGCUGUGUGCCAGUUUGACAGAACUGUUGCAGAAGUUGAGUUCUAUUCUGCUGGUUCUGUCGGGGAAGCAGCAACAACAACAGCGACACCAACAACCUCAAGUCGGUCCGAGACAACCAGAUCCCGUUGCCACUCCGGAAAACUUACCUGUUGAGCCUUUCGACCGUAUUUCGAUCACUCAUCUAAGCUUGGGCGACCAUCACCCAGCCGAGCAUAGCCCACAUUUAACUGGGAACGGCUCUACCGGGAUCCAUUUGUUACCGACAAAAUUUCCAUGGCCACCUGCUGCUUCACCGCUGACAUCUAGUUUGACUGAUCACGGUUCGGGUGCGUCCAAUUUGUGGUCCCUCAGUAAACCUUCGACACUUUCAUCCACAUCGAACCGCGUAUCGUUUGUUGUCUCGCCGCGAUCGAUAAACGCAGAUAAUUCGCUCGUGACAGCUGCUCAUCAGGUAGAAGAUAAGCGGACGCAUACUACCACGAAACAAACACUCUCCAAACGCCAUCGCACCAGUUCCGCCUCUGCAUUCGUUUCGCCCUACUCACGUGUAACCUCGUCACCGUCGCAAGUGACCUUUGGUCAACCAAAAAACAACGUAGCAAAGUCGCAUUUGGGUUUGCUGUCAGAUACCAGAAAUCGACCAACUUCCAUCAGUCACCCGGAUACGCAUGCCAAGUUUGGUGGUGGUGGUGGUGCUACGUCCAUGUUACACAAACGAGGUGUUUCAGUCGAAACGCACGCAGACAGAGCUCAUCCAAACUCACCGGUCGCAGCAAGCAGUAACGCAGUCAAUACCACCAGCACCACAUCGUCCGGUCGAUCUGAUGUGAAAAAGUGUCGUAAAAUGUACGGGAUCGAGAAUCGCGAUCAGUGGUGCAAUCAGUGUCGUUGGAAAAAAGCAUGCCGUCGAUUUCCUGACCCUGCCAGCACAAAAUCAACGUCAGGAAGUAGCAACAUGUGCAGUAGCAGUGGUAGAAAUAGGGUUGGUACCGGCGCUGAAGCUUCAAUCAGUCCGACCGGCUCGAUGGGGUCCAAAUCUACACACAGCAACAGCAGCAGCAGCACAGAGUUAUCGACGACAACAAUGGCGCGGCGUCAAGACCGCAACCAGGCCUUGCUCGGUCGGAGCUCUAGCACUACUACCACCGCCAAUGCGACUGCUUUGCCAUCAAAACUUGGAAUUCCGGUUACCGCACCCACUACCAUGACCACCCGUGCAGUCACAGUUCCCACGUCGGCUACAAACGCGGCAUUCUUAGUGUUCCCAAAGGUUUCUACUGAAUCUACAGCCACAUAUAGUUCAGAUGAGUUUUGCAGUCGAUCCGCUCCAGCGGUGUUUCAUAGCACCACUAAUACAACACUCGGUUUGAUGGUCGAUACUUCAUCUGUGACCACGGAGCGGUCUCCUGAUGACGUAGUGGUAGUAGAAGAAGCAACAGCAGCAGAAGAAGAAAGUGCGGCUAACGAGCAGGAGGAGGAGUUGGAGGAGAAUUAUUCUCAAUUCGAUCUGGUGGAACGAUCUGGUUUUUGA